AUGGCGAACGUGGACGUCGUGCUCGAGGCGCACGAGGGCCAGUGGCUCGCGAGCGCGCUCGCCGGCGCGCACACCGGGCACCCGCGCCGCCACAAGAUCCUCUUUGGAAAGAAGGCGGAGCAGAAGUUCCUGACGGUGCCGAAUGCGGCGAGCGCCAUCGCCGCGUCGCGCCAGUAUGCAACUAAGCCGCACAUGGCGGGCACCCCCGGCGACUUCGAGACGGCCAAGGACUUCCUGACGCUCCUCCAAACCGAGCUCGGUAUCUCCGCGCCCACUGACCUUCCCCUCUUCUCCGCCGGCACGCCCGAGUCGCGCAAUGCGACACUCGGAAUCACUAAGCUGCACAAGCCGACGGCCUGGAUCGACACGUACUACCCGGUAAUGAACACCCCGCUGGACCACAGCCUGGAGAUCGUGGAUGAUGAGGGUAACGCGGUAUGGACGGCGGCGCUUGAGGAGGUCGCAGACGACACAGACCCCGAGGCGGGGAAGUACUAUGACGCAGUGACAACUUGGCAUGGGCUCAGUCGAGGCGGCAGCGCGACGGGCAAGCUCGUAUACGCAAAUUACGGCACGAAGGAGGAUUUCGACAACCUCGUCGCGAGCGGAGUUAACUUGAAUGGUAGCAUCGUCAUUGCGCGCUAUGGAGGCAACUUCCGCGGACUGAAGGUCAAGGGUGCCCAGGAGCACGGCGCCGUCGCCUGCUUGAUUUACUCUGACCCCCGCGAUGACGGCACGGUCACUGCAGAGAACGGCUACGCUGCGUACCCGCACGGGCCUGCCCGUAACCCCAACUCGGUGCAGCGUGGCAGCACGCAAUUCCUCUCUAUCUACCCGGGCGACCCCACGACUCCUGGGUACCCCUCGUACGAGAACAGCACACGCACCAACGGAACUAACAUCCCGUCCAUCCCGAGUCUCCCGCUUUCUUGGGCGAACGCGCAAAAGAUUCUGGCUGAGAUCCAAGAUGGCGGUCUCAACCGCACGAUUUCGCUUGUGAACAACGUCGACGACAAGGUCAUUCCGAUCUGGAACACCAUCGGUGUCAUCCCGGGACAUAUUAAGGACGAAAUCGUGGUCGUGGGCAACCACCGCGAUGCGUGGGUCAUGGGUGCCUCGGACCCGUCGUCCGGAACCUCGUCUAUUCACGAAGUCAUCCGCGGCCUGGGCGAGCUGCUCCGGAACGGCUGGACGCCUCUCCGCACUAUCGUGAUCGCCAGCUGGGACGCCGAGGAAUACGGCCUCAUCGGCAGCACCGAGUGGGGUGAGGACUUUGCGAACUUCAUCGACGAGCACGUCGUCGCGUACUUCAACCUCGACUCGUCCGUAUCUGGCUCCCGCUUCCGCGCACUCGCGACUCCCUCGCUCGCCCACUUCGUGCGCGGCAUCGCCGAAGAGAUCGAGCACCCCACGAAACCUGGAAAGACCCUCUGGGACGCCACGAAGGACAGCGGUGUGCUCACCGGGGACCACAUCGACGCCGAGGCGCUUGCGGCCUACGAGGCGUCCGAAGUCGAGAUUGCUGCUGACGGCACUGGGGUCGGUCUUCUUGGCUCUGGAAGCGACUUCACUGUGUUCGUGCAGCGCACUGGUGUCGCGUCGAACAACAUCGGGUUCCAGUCGACGCUUCAGGACCCGGUGUACCACUACCACUCUGUCUUCGACUCCGAGCGGUGGAUGGAGACUUACGGUGACCCCGGCUUCGGUCGCCAUGUGGCUAUCGCGAAGCACCUCGGCCUGCAGACCAUUCGCCUCGCAGACUCCAUCGUGCUCCCGAUCAACACCACGCACCACGCCGUCGAGCUCGGCAAGUACCUCGACAAAGUCGAGUCGAUCGCCACCGCCACCUCCCUCGACGUUGACUUCAGCGACCUGCGCAGCGCCAUUAACUCUUUGCAACACGCCAGCGCGAAGCUCGACACCGAAAAAUUCACCGCCGAGAAGAAACUCCGCAAGCUCCUCCGCCGCUUCGCCGUCCGCCACCUCGUCCGGCGCAACCUCCACCGCGCCUUCUGCCGUCUCCGCAAGCUCGUCGGCAAAGAGUGCUCCGGCCCCCACGCGCACGUCCACGGAGUCGCUCCGGUGGCGCACAUGGAGAAGACGUUCGAGUGCUCGGCGAUGAAGAGCAGGAACGGCGGCAAGAACGGCCUCCUGCCGUUUAAGCCGCGCGUCGGGCACGCACCCGCGUGGCUUAAGGAGCACCAUGGGCACGAGCAUGGGCAUGGGAUGAAGCCGCGCUUCCCCGCGAAGCGGUUCAGGAAGGCGGCGCAGCGCGUGCGCGCGGUCAACCAGAAGCUGAAGGCGUUCGAGCGCGGCUUCAUCCAUGAGGACGGGAUCAAGGACCGCGAGUGGUACCGCAACUUGGAUAUUGCUCCUGGCAAGUGGCUGGGUUACGGCGCGACGACCUUCCCCGCACUCACGGAGUCGUUCACCAUCGAGAAGAACGCGACGAUGGCCCAGUACGAGGCGAAGAGGCUGCAGAAGCUCAUCGAGAAGCUCGCGCACGAGAUUAAGGUCUGA